CCGUCUUUUCAACGUGCUUUGGUUUUUGUUCGACUUUCCAUAGAUUCGCUGAGUUAAAACGCCUAUCAUCACCUACAAUGAUAAGAAUGAUAAGUUCCAUCUAAGACCUUUACAUUUACAAACCCCCCUGAUUUAUUAAUAUUAUUCACACCUCCGGUUCGCACCUGAGGCCGCCGCCUGAUAAGAGCAAAUCGAACGGUCUCGUCUGCUCAAUGGCCAGAUAAAGCCACUUUGUGAUCCACUCAACUCUCGGAUUCGCUGGAGUGGGCAGACCAGUUGGUGUGACGGCGCAGCAUGGGCAAUGCGAAGAAUAUCGGACGGCAGCUUGUGGCAGUGGGAGUGCUAUUGAUUCUGGGACUCCAAGGAGUCCGAUCUGAGUAUGGCGACCUGGCCGGCGACUGGCUGGUGGAUUAUGGCAUAGAUGAGCUUAAUUUUCACGAGGAUUCGAUUUGGCGCAUGGACUUGCACAUAUACAAUGUACUACCCAAGGAUUCUGCGCUGGAUUACUGCGUUGUGGUGUACUCCAAGGAUGAGCGGCGGGUGUCCUCGCCACCGCUUGAGAUACAGAAGGAGGAUUUCGAUCUGUUGGGCAGCUGGCGGGGAGCGCUGUAUGUGACUGGAGUUCGAUUUGGAUACAGUUCGCUGGAGGUGCAACUGAAGGCCGGCGCAGAGACAGAGACAUACCCGAAACCCCUGCCAAUUACAGUCCUCAGAACACAAGUGGUGGACCAACGCAUCACCACCUAUGUGUCCGCCGUCCUGGCUCUGCUGAUGUUCCUCAAUCUCGGAACCGUAUUGGAUAUGGAACGCCUGGCGGGUAUCAUCUGUCGACCCGUGGGGCCCGUGGUUGGUGUGGUCAGUCGAUAUGUGCUGAUGCCCGCCUUGGCCUUUGGACUGGGUCGUGCUCUUUGGCCAGCUAGUUGGCCACUCCAGCUGGCCCUCUUCUACACGGCACUGGCGCCCAGUGGCGGCCUGGCCAAUGUGUGCGCCGUCUUCCUCAAGGGAAAUAUCAAUCUUUCGGUGGCCACCACCACGAUCAAUAGCCUGCUGGCACUGGCCUUGCUGCCCAUUUGGAUACUGCUUCUGGGGCGCAUACUCUACGAGGACGAUGGGCUCACCGUGCCGUUUGGUCAGCUUUCCGGAGGAGCAGCUGCCCUGGUGGCCUGCCUGGCCAUUGGCGUUCUGCUGCGACUCUGCGUACCGCGGACCACAAGGUUCAUCUUCCGCUUCCUGAAGCCACUGUCCGUCGUGCUCAGCUUGUGUCUCGUGGGCCUGACGGUGGGUCUCAACUCGUUCGUCUUUUACGAGUUUACCUGGCAGGUUCUUGUGGCAGCCGUAUGCCUGCCCCUCGCCGGCUACCUCUCCACCUAUCUGCUGUCCAAGAUCCUCUGCCGAUCGCCCACCGACGCACUAACGUUGUCCGUCGAGGCCAGCGUGCUGAACAUGACCAUGCCCAUUGUGCUGCUGCAGUCCAGUCAGCUGGAGCAGCCGCAACUGGAUCUCGUCCUGGUCGUGCCCAUUGCCUCCUCGCUGCUCUCCCUUGUCCUGGUCGUCCUCUACUAUGGCAUUCGGCGAUGCCUUGGCUGCAAUGCGCAACAGGAUGCGGAUGGCUAUGAUCACAAACAGCUGAUGGCGGAGCACGAAGGUGCCGUCUAGCAAUGAUCUUAAAUCUUCGUGCAGCCAUAGGUUUUAUAUCGCAUACAACAACGGUUCCUUUGGCGGCGAAUAAUGAGCUUGAUUCCUCGAAGAUGUACUUUUUUUUUGUUCGAGUAACGUAUUGUUAUAAAACCA